CAGCACUGGAAGUAGACCGGCGGUAGAGCAAGUAGACCGGCGGUCCUGUGCCUGGAAGAUCUUCAUCCGGAAGACCUGAACUAUGGCUAUGGGCCUCAGUGUGCUUUGGAUGCUCGCCUCAGUGGCGGAUGCUGCGUGUUUGUCUGGUGCGAUUCCGUGGGCCCAGCGCUCUGCAGUGCUCGUGCCCGGGAGUGCCCCGCGGCCAGUGGGUCUUUGGACCCCUCAGCGGCCAGCAGGGGAAGUCACCAGUGCCAUGCUGCAGAUUCUCAUCGAAGAAAGGUUGGGCUAUUUGGUCACACAGACGCUCAAUGGCAGCGAAACCUCGGAUGCCUUUUACGCCCUUUGCCGCUGCGAGCCAACGGCUGCGACGGCUGGGGCGCUUUGUGGUGAAGGGCUUCACGACGUCACGCUGGACGCCUGGACGCCUCCGGGAUACUGGGAGCGCCUCAUACAGACACUCGAUGGAAGGAUCUCCCCGCCCAGGAACCUGGGAAACAUGGGUUACUUCGGAACGAGGUCGAUCUAUUUGCCACGAGAGGUGCAGGAGGCUGCGUAUGAGGCUGAGGGCCUGGCCUUGCAGUUCUAUUUGAGUUACAAUACCACCUGGCACGAUGCUACAAAGUACUUUGCCCAGGUGAAUGGUUCGGACUCUUCAGUCACUGAGCGCCUGAAAUUUUGCAACGAGACACGGCUGAUGUCCAGUUCCCUGAUGACUGGCUACCUGCGUGUCACUGGCGACCUUGAUGGCCUGGACAACUCCACGGGUGAGCUGCACGGGAGGUGUUUCGAGGAGUUCUUCUGGCUGGCGCCCAAAUGUCGCGGGCUUGGCCGCUGUGUGAUGUUCUUCACCGGAGGGGAUGGCUGGAACCUGGAAGAUAGUAUGCAGAAGGCCACAGCCUGGCAGUUGCCGCUGCGCAUGGCGGUGGCCAAGAGUCAGGAGGACCUUGUGGCGUUGCCCAGGGAGGUCUCACCGAGCCUCUUCUACUGGUGGGUCCCUGACUCCACCUUUUUGGCACUGAAGCCGAUGGAGUUAAUUGGACCCCGCCACGACCCGAUGGCUCAUGCUGCUGGGGAUUACCAGACCGCAGCGCCGGAGGUCUCCGUGGACAAGUACGUGAGCCAGGACCUGGCUCUCAUGGCACCGCAGGUGCUGCAGCUGUUGGAGGCCUUUCAGCUCCCCUUGUCCGCGGUGAACGGGCUACUGGAGGAUCAAGUGACCUCCGGAGACUCGUACCAGACCGUGGCCUGUCGAUGGCUGCAGGGCAACCAGGAGCUUUGGCAGACCUGGCUACCGGCCCCCGCGUCAUGCUCAGAGCACUUCGGGCUUUUUGACCAGACCACUGGUGCUUUCGUGGGCGCGGAGGCGCUUCCCUUCGCGUCGGGAGACCUGGACUGCCAACCCUGUGAGGGGGGCUACUUCUCCGCCAGAACUGAUGGAGGUCAGUCAACCUACCUUUGCCUCCCCUGCGGCUUGGGCACUUUUCAGGCGCAGAAUGCCUCGUUGUCUUGCAAUCCGUGCCCAGAGGGACGAUAUCAAGACAAGAAUGGGAGCACGACCUGCAAGCGCUGUGGAAUUGGCAGUUAUCAAGAUCUUCAGGGCCAAAGUGCAUGCAAGAUCUGUCCUCAUGGCACAACAUCUUUAGGCUACAUCUCGGUGGAGUUGUCUGAUUGCGGUUGCAAUGAAAGCACCAUUAAUGUGGCGGAGGGGCGUAUCAAUUGCCAGUCCUGCAGCAACGGUUUGCAUUGUCCAUUUGCUUCGACGUUGGAAGGGCUGAAGACGGGCCAGUCGAGGUUGGGGCAAAGGUUUGUGCCGGAAGUGCAGAGAGGCUACUAUAGCUCCUGCGAAGACCCGUUAGACGUUUUCAGGUGCCGGAAGCAAUGGCAUUGCCCUGGCACCGUGCCGGGCCAAUGUGCCGGGGGCCGAAUUGGUUCCUCCUGUGCGCAGUGCCCUGAAGGUAAAACUUGGUUGCAAGGGCAGUGUCGAGACUGCUCAGCGGGGUUCCUGGUGAUCUGGGCCAUUGGAAUCGUUUUGGUCUUCGUUUUGGUGACGGGCAGCUACUAUUUUGUCAGCAACGAGGUUUCUCCGAAGGCCUCCACAUCUGAGGCGAUCAGCAUGAUCCAGCUCAACAUGAUCGGAGUUUUUCAGAUCGUAGCAAUCAUCGGUUUAGUGGACGUGGAAUGGCCGGAAGAGGUGGAAAUUCUCUUCAGCAAUGCGCAGCUCUUCAUCUUGGACCUGGAUUACUGGGGGCUUCGCUGUGUGGUCGGGAACCGGACCAUCAGUAGCUAUUUGUUCAUCACUUUGCUGGUGCCGUUUGCACAGAACCCUGGCGACCGUAAGAUGGAGCCGACGGAGGGACGGCGCUGGGUGGUUCGAAAAACAAGAACAGAAAGAAGGCACCGCAUAUCAUUUGUUGAUGGACGAUUUGGCCAUUGGCAGUCGGGCACAAGAGUGUCCAGAUUGCAUCGACUGAGUGUAUAUGUACGAACUGUGUUUUGAAAUGCAUGCCGUUUGUCAAAACUCCACUCUUCAAGAGAAGGAACGAAAACUGGCCGAUUGAAUGUGGUAAUCCUGCAUGGCAAGACUACUUUCCUCUACAAGCAGGGUGGUUUCCUCCUCCAUCUGAAUGAGUCGGAGUGUAACAGGAUGUAACAGGCUGUUUUGUUUUAUCCAUGACCAGCCGGGGCGGAGGGCUGACACAUUUUCAUGGGCCAACUGAGAACUGACUAUGACAAUCCGGUCAUUCAAAUAGACAUUCACGCGAAGGUCUGCCAUGCAGACGGUCUCCCAGGCUCCGGCUUGUUCAGAGUGGAUGUUAAAGACUCCAACUUGAGACUCGAGAGUUAGCUCACUGGUAAGGUGUGAAAAUGAAGAAAGAGAUGAACUUAAAGGUUUUAAAGCUGGCAUUGCUCCGGGUAUACUUCUACAUCUACUUGAGGCAUACUCACCGACUGUUCACGAAAGGUAGCCCUUUAGGGGAUACCUUGAGUUUGUCUUGCGAAGCAAGUGUUGGGACGUCCGGGUCUAAUAAUUGAUCGCUCAAUUCAGGGAUAAAUCACCAUGUCGAACAUUGCAUUUUUGUUCCUGCCUCUCGCGUUCUGUUCUCUUCCCGCUGUCCUACCUUUCGUGUCUCCCUCCUCUCAAGUCGUCUCAUGGACAGCAAGCUGUGGUAUACUUACAUACUCGAUCCCUGCUCCGAAAUCCCUCUCCGACCGUGAAGGCGCCUUCACAGCGGACUUGUUCCAUCGUAGUCGGUCGCCCACACGGUUUGGAGGCGACCCACGGUCCCGACCGACACCCGACCGGGCUGUUUGGCCGUUCUUUUUUCGGGUUGUGGCUGAUCAUGUUUGGCUACCUCACUUUCCUGUUCCUCGGCGAGUCUCGGCGCUGGACCUCUGUUCGCGUCUCCAGCCGCUUGGGCGAAAGCGCGGAACGGCGAGACCACCGCUGAAGGCGAAACGCUUCGGUGCUGUCCUCGGUAGCAGCGCAUGUGUCGUGUUUGGG